AUGCCAGAUAAAAAGGAUCAGGUGCCCUUACUAGGCUCUCCGGAGACGAAAGCUAAGCGGACCAGGAGACGUUCCGUGUUUCAGAAUGCAGAUGUACAGUCUCCUUACCGGGUGAAAGUCGAUAAAUCCGAUUCGAUGGGAUUGUUACACGAUACAGAUGACGACGAGGAUGAGACAGAAGAAAACGUCUUUCAAACGUCAAAUUCAAGAAAGUCUCAUGGUUCUUAUGAGUCCCAGUUUUCAGGAUCAUACAUCGAUCAUAGGCCAUCUCUUGCCGUUUUGGAUCAAUCAUCGUCUUCUAUGAAAAAGAAGCCCUCAAGACCUUCUUUUAGUGAUCCGUUCAAUCAAGGAUCUGCAAGCAGAAAAACCCAAUCGACCUCCAAAGUUAUAUCAUCUCAGGGUUCGGGAGCAAGAAGGAGACCUUCUAAUAUUGGGCCUCAUUCCACGCCACUCAAUAGAUCAACCUCGGCAGGGAACUAUGGCUCGUUGAAUAAUCGAAAUGAUGUGGUUAUCGAUAUGGAUGCGUUAAUGGAGCAUGUUAAUAGGAAAAACAGAUCACCUUCAAGUUUAACUUCAAGACCAAGCUCUGUAUCGAAGGGUUCGUCUGAAGACGAGUACAAUUCACAGCCUUCUUCUCGAGGAACAAGCGAUUCGAGUUCUUUGGAUGACGUUUGUCUACCAAUAGAUGACGAAACAGAAGAAGGUUCUAAAGUUUGGCCUGAUGUGUCGGUUUUGGAAGAAUUUUCACAAGAAGAGAUAGAAAGAUUAAGAAGAGAAGCGAUAAGGGAUACGGAGAAUUUUCAUUUCCAGUAUGAUGAGGACGAUUUUGACCAUGAUUACUCGGAUGAGGAAAGGUUGGUCUCAUUUGGAGCUCAAAAUACUGGCAACUUAGAUUCACAACAGGGUCAAGCCAACGGUCUAACUUUUACGAGGCCAAUAAUAACCAAUAUUGACGUCCCAGAGCUAGGAAAUACUAGGGUCAACGAGACAGAACAUUUGAAGAAUGGGAGGCUAAGACCAAAGAAGUUGACACCAUGGCAUUUAAAGCGGGGUAAUCUUAACCUACCUGGGCUUUCUAGUGCUGCAAUCUCGAACCAAGCCCCCGGUAACGCUAAACAGCCACAUGGAUCAAAUUCCAAGGCUGCAUCUGUUAGGUCAAAUUCAAAGUUUAGUGAAAGCAGGCCUUUUACGGAUUCUAGAAGAAAUGAUCUCCUUGUUGGAAGGAAUAUUCAGUAUCCCCCACACAUUAUAUCAAAUAAUCCAGAAAUUUUCAGGUUCACAUACUUUAGAGAAGACUUGGAUUCAACUAUUCACUCUCCUACAAUUUCGGGAUUGUUGCAACCCGGUCAAAAAUUUGACGAAUUGUUCGUUGGAUCAGUUUAUGGCCAUCAAGCAAUGUCCUCUAAUGCUGAUACAAGAGAGGUCACUCCAGGAGCAGGCAUCAGUACAGGUGUUGCGAAUCUUACAAGCUCAACUUUACCCCCAAAAAACUCUGCUCCAUCGACUUUGGACUUUGAUGAUGUGAGUCCAUUUUGGCUUGAUGUUCUUAACCCCACGGAAGAAGAAAUGAAGGUUUUGAGUAAAGCUUUCGGUAUUCAUCCUUUGACUACUGAAGAUAUCUUCUUAGGUGAGGUUCGUGAAAAGGUUGAGCUCUUUAAAGAUUAUUAUUUGGUUUGUUUUAGAAGUUUUGAUAUUGUCGCUGAAAGACACAUCAGGAGGAAGAAACAACAACAGCAACAAAAACAAUCAGAUUCCGAAUCCAGUGACUCUGAUGAUGGAUCCCCACAAGGCGGUUGGAUUAAAAAUUUGUUCAAGAGAAAACGCAGGUCGUCUGCGUGCAAAACGAUCAGCUCUUCCAACUCUAGUGUUAAGAGAAAGGCGAGAAAGGAGAAAGAAGAAAUUGAAAAGUAUAAGCGGAAAUCUGGUGAUCGUCGAAAGCCUCGUGCAGGUGAAUUAGAACCACUAAAUGUGUAUAUUCUAGUGUUUCGGACUGGAGUGCUCACUUUCCAUUUUGCUCCAACGCCUCAUCCCAUCAACGUUAGAAGAAGAGCAAGAUUGUUAAAAGAUUAUUUGAAUGUUACAGCAGAUUGGAUUGCGUACGCUUUAAUCGAUGAUAUCACCGAUGCUUUUGCACCUAUGAUCGAGCUCAUAGAGGAUGAAGUGUAUGAUAUCGAAGAUGCCAUAUUAAACAUGCAUCACACCACUGAUUCAAGUGACUCGGAUUCAGGAUCGGAUUCAGAAUCUGACUCGGAUGACGAUGAUAAUAGCCUGUAUCAUUUUGAUAGAGCUUCGAAAAAUACCACAUUCUCGAGACUAACUAAGGGCAGUUCGUCAACUGCAAGUACAAGAUCCUCCUCCUCAUCUUCUUCAACGUUGAAUGCCAAGAACAUUAUUGGUUGGAAGAAGAAGGGUGAUAUGUUAAGAAGAAUAGGGGAAUGCCGCAAGAAAGUCAUGGGUAUAGUUCGUCUAUUAGGAUCCAAAGCUGAUGUGAUCAAAGGUUUCGCCAAAAGAUGUAAUGAACAAUGGGAAGUUGCACCCAGGUCAGAGAUCGGGAUGUAUUUGGGUGAUAUUCAAGAUCAUAUCAUUACAAUGGUAUCUUCUCUAAAUCACUACGAAAAACUCUUGAGCAGAUCUCAUUCGAAUUAUUUGGCCCAAAUCAACAUCGAUAUGACAAAAGUCAACAACGACAUGAAUGAUGUCCUAGGCAAAAUCACUAUAUUGGGUACCGUCGUGUUGCCCAUGAAUAUCAUAACAGGUUUAUGGGGUAUGAACGUGCUUGUUCCUGGUCAGGGAACAAAUUCUUUAACGUGGUUUGUGUCAAUUGCUUCCUUCAUGGUUGUCGCAGCAUAUUUUGCAUACAUAUAUACCAAGAAAAGGUUUGGUUUCUGA